AUGUCUCUGGAAUUUGAAGCUUUGAACAUUCUUAUCGUGGGUGCUGGACUCGGUGGUCUGUUUGCAUCCUUGGCUCUGCGGCAAGAUGGACACAGAGCUGGUGCGGGUAUCCGCAUCCCACCCAACAGCACUCGUCUUCUCCGCCGAUGGGGGAUCGAUUUUGACAAAAUGCGAAAAUGCCUUUGCCGAGGAUACCAUUUCCUGCGCUGGGAAGACGGCUCGACAAUAACGAAGAUCGAAUUCGAGGACUUGGUCCCACGUCAUGGUGAACCAUAUUACCUGGUUCAUCGAGCCGAUUUGCAUGCAUCAUUACUAGGGGCCGCAAUCGAAGCUGGAGUGGUCGUUCAUAAGAAUCGACAUGUGACCUCCUACGACUUCAACGUCCCAAUGGCUAUCACGGCAGAAACCGAGAAAUGGAUGGCUGAUCUCAUCAUCUGUGCGGACGGUAUCAAGUCCACUGCUCGACCUCUCCUAACAAGUCAGCCAGACUGUCCUCGAGACACUGGAGACGUCGCAUAUCGGAUCCUCGUACCUGGUCAGGAUCUUCUGGCCGACCCGGAUCUCGCUGGUCUUAUUACGCACCCGGCAACAACGUCGUGGUGCGGGCCAGAUGCCCACCUCGUCGGAUAUCCCAUACGGGAUGGUGAGCUGUACAACAUAGUAGUGUGUGCGACAUCGAAAGGAGAGACGACAGACGAGACUUGGGUGGUAGAGGGUGAUAACGAGGAGCUUUGCGCGCGAUUUUCCGGUUGGGAGCCGCGGGUGCAGAAAUUAUGUCGUCUGACAAAGUCCUUUAUGAAGUGGCGAUUAUGCGACCUUCCGGCCCUUUCCACGUGGAUCCAUUCGUCAGGCAAGGCUUGCCUCUUGGGAGAUUCCUGCCAUCCCAUGCUACCGUAUCUGGCGCAAGGAGCUGCUCAGGCAGCUGAGGAUGCUGCCACAAUUCGCAGGGCCCUGGCCGAGGGUACCGAUAUCACGAGUGCUUUAAAGCGUUAUGAGCGUAUCCGCAAACCUAGAGCGUCUUUAAUUCAGUCUAAGACGCGAGAGCACCAAUACAUCUUACACAUUGAUGACGGUGAGGAGCAGUGCCGGCGAGAUGAGCUUAUGCGACAGGACAGUCCGUCUAGUCCAAUAUUCUGGGGAUACGAGCUUCGCCGAGGAUGGUUAUUCAGCCACGAUGCUGAACAGAUGGAAGAGGCCACUGCAGAGCCACGUUUCAGAAGUGCUGUGCUAUAA